AUGGAGGUUCCCCGAUUCGAUCAGUGGUCGAGCGGAGAAUUCGAUGCGGUCCAACUCGCGCGCUCGAUAGUUUCGAAGAGUAAAGAUAUCGAAACUGCUUUCUAUGUCAUCGAUCUCGACGAUCCUCCGCGCAAACUGAAACUUUGGCGCGAGGUGCUGCCUCGUGUGCAGCCGCAUUACGCUGUGAAAUGCAAUCCCAACAAGGUGCUUCUGAAAGUACUUGUCGGAUUAGGAAUUGGUUUCGACUGUGCAUCCAGGAACGAGAUCCGCCUGGUGUUAUCGCUGGGAGCCGACCCUCAGAAAAUCGUCUAUGCGCAUACGAUAAAAAGUCCAACUUCCAUCCACUUCGCACGAGAGAAGGGAAUCCGCCGAAUGACCUUCGACAACGUCAAAGAGCUGCAGAAGAUAAAAGAGCAUUUCCCCGAGGCGUUGCUGAUUUUGAGGCUGCGAGUUGUCGAUGAAGAUUGUUAUACGAUGACGGACAAAUUCGGAUGCCCCCCAGAAGAUAUCCCCAGCGUCGUUGGGGCGGCCAAGAAUCUAGGACUCAAUUUACACGGCUUCAGUUUUCACGUGGGUUGCCAGAGCGAGAAAGAUCGCACUUCUGUCACCGCUCUCCAGGUUUGUAAAGAUGCGGAGAAAGUCGCGCGGCAGUUCGGGUACACCCCGAAACUCAUCGAUAUCGGGGGAGGCUUCGAUUGCAACAAGGGAGACGAGCAAACUUUCAAACAGAUUGCGGGAGGCAUAAGCACUGCGUGCGACUCCUUGUUCCCAGCCUCGGAAGGUUAUGAGGUCAUUUCGGAACCAGGAACUUUCUUCGUAGGAUCAGCCUGUAGCAUCUGUGCUAUGAUUGUCGGCAAGCGUUAUCUCAGAGGAAUGACGCAACUCUACCUGAAUGAAUCCGUGUACAUCUCGUUCAAUAGAGCGCUAUUCGGAGAUAGUCACAUCAAACUCCAGCCCUUGAAAGGAUCUGAAAUAUUCGAUAAAACAAGCAUCGGGGAAAACUUGCAACCAACUCGAAUCUACGGCGUCAGUCUCGAUGGAAUCGACCGCAUAAUCCCAUGUUGGCAGUUGCCGGAGAUGGAAAUAGGAGAUUGGAUCCUGCUCUACAAUCAAGGCGCCUACUCUGAAGCAAUUGAAUCGUCUUUCAAUAUGCUGGAUUCACCCGAUCGGUAA